AUGAAAACAGUAACACCUUCACCUAUAUUACCAAUAUGUUCUAUGAAUCCUGAAUCAUUAGAGACUAUAUCAUCGAUAAAUCCACAUUCACAUGGUUGUUCAACAAUUUCUAAUUGGUUUACUGGUAAAAAUAAAGAAAAUGUUCAUGAUAAAAGAUCAAGUGUAAAACGGAGAAAAUAUGAAGAAAUUCAAGGAACUGUAGUAUUUGAUCAAACAAGCAAUUCUGAUGUAUAUGACAGAAUUUUAAAAAAUAGUAUAUUGGGUACGAGAUUAGUGAAAAAAGCUGUUAUAUGCAAUCGUCGAUCAGGUGCCAUAAAUGCUUAUGGACCAGAGGAUUUUACACCAUCUAUUGAACAAAUUAAUAAAUUUAUGAUAUUAGCACAAGCUGAACGAGCAGAUCGUGUAAUUAUAGAUAAACACUUUCAAAUAGCUAUGGAUUCUUGUUUAUAUAAAGAUGUAGAUGAUGAAACUGGUGUACUUUUAGCGGAUAUAAUUCAAUAUUAUACAAGACCAAAUACAAAUGAAUAUAAUAUUGGUAAAUAUGAAUUAUGUGGUUUAUUAACAAAAAAUUCUCUAUUAAUUGCAAUCUAUGAAAUUGGUAAUCGAACUAAUGAUGCAAAACAAUUAUUAAUUGAAAUGCGAGAUUAUUUUGAUGCUCAAGGAAUGUAA